AUGCAUCUGUUUCUUUGUUGGCGUGAAAUGGGAGAUCAUAUUGGUAUAUUAGGACAAUCAAUUGAAACUUAUUUAUGGGGAGACGCUCGUGCCAGUCAUACAUCUUUAAUAGCAUGUACUGAUGAACAUCCUAUGGUAUUAAUUGAAGUUGAUAUUGGUGAUCAUGCAAAAGGUAUUCGUAAAAGCAUGAAAUUAAAUAUUGCUGAAUUAGAUGCAGUACCUAAUUCAAUAUCUAAAAUUGAAUUCCUUGGUGAAACAAAAUCACCAACGGCAUUUGAACAUCUUAUUCGAUCAGCACAUGAUUAUACAAAGAAAUAUCCAAAUUAUCAUGUAUUAUUAAAUAAUUGUCGAACAUUUGUUGAAUAUCUUAUUGAUCAAAUACCAGAAUAUCGCGAUUCUAUACCACGUAAAAAUGGUUCUAUACUUGAAUAUUAUCAUGCACGAGCGAAGAAUGAAAAUCCAGGAGUUUUACUCAAAAGUAAAAAAUCUUUGAGAGAUAUUCGUGAUUUCCAUCGACAGAACAGAAAAUAUAAAUGCCUUGGUCAAUUAGUAUUACAUGUAGAAUUACCUAAACUGGAUAACGAUAAUGAUGCUAAAGUUAUUUAUACACGACUUUAA